AAAUAACUUAUGAAGUAAGCACGGUUGCCUGAAAAUUGCUUAGUCUCAGUCUUCUUUUUGUUCUACUUUGAAAAAUUUGAUAGAAAUUGAAACAUUAUAACUCAAAUUGUGUUUCCAUUUCUUGUGUUUUAUUUUUGACAUUGCACAAGUGAAGUGAGCAGUUGCACUUCGAGGUGAAACACGUAUCUCUGGUGAAAUAAGCAAUAAUGUUUGUCUUGGUGUUUGAGUUUAAAUGCUGAAACAAUGAUGCCAUUUUCACAAGAAGAAUUAUUUGUGGUCGACGAUGACAACUUAUAAAUAAAGUACAUUUGAAGGGAUCAGAGAUGUUACGAUAAUGUCAAGUUAUCAUAAGUGUAUACUAUUUACUUUUUAUAGCCUAUCAUGGCUAAACUCUAUGACUUCUGGGUCUAGUGGUGACCGCAGAGAAGAUUUUAGAGUAUGCUUGAGCUAUUGUAUGACAUCUUGUCGUUAUACUGAGACCUAUCCAGGAAAGCUACCAUAUUAUUUGAGUUUAUUUGGUUGGAAAUGUUCUGACGAGUGCAAGUAUAGUUGUAUGCAUGAAAUUACUCAUAAUUCUAUUUCAAGAGGAUUGAAUGUUGAACAAUUUUAUGGCAAGUGGCCUUUUAUUCGGCUUGGUGGAAUUCAAGAACCAGCAUCCACAAUAUUCUCAAUUGGUAAUGCUCUUGGACAUUACUUUGGCUGGAGAAUGUAUAGAAAACAUGUCAAUCCUAAUUAUUCUAUGUAUUCUACUUGGUGGUUGUAUAACAAGGUCAGUAUACAUGCUUGGUUUUGGUCAGUAAUUUUUCACACAAGAGAUCUUGUAUUCACUGAAAGAAUGGAUUAUUUUUGUGGAACAUCGUUGGUUUUAGUAUCUAUCUACUCAUAUUUUGUAAGGACUUUUGGCAGACAGCAUCAUCAGAGAUGUCGUUUUUUUGGUCUUGUUCUCUUCAUUUUAUUCAUUUGUCACUGUGGUUAUCUUUCUUUCGUGCGUUUUGAUUAUGGUUAUAACAUGAAAGUAACUUUGGCUGCUGGUCUUGUCAAUGUAUUAGGGUGGCUCUCCUGGUCUUUUUACAACAGAAUUUCUCGUCCUUACGUAUGGAAAUGUGCUUUCAUCAAUAUCUCUUUGGUGUUAUUGAUUGUCCUUGAGAUUUGUGACUUUCCACCUAUCUGGGGAAUUUUAGAUGCACAUGCUGUCUGGCACCUGACAACAAUUCCUUAUUGCUAUUAUUGGUACAGUUUUUUCUUGGAUGAUUACUUUCAUGAUGAAAAAUUUGGAAAAAUCCCAUGAUCAGUGAAAAUAAACAUUCUCUAACAAUGAUUUCAAUCUUAAUUUAUGAUGUUCAUUUCGUCAUGAACGUUGACGUGUACGUACGUACGUACGUAUGGUGACGUUGAAGCCAGAUGUUCAUUUCGUCAUAAAAGUUGACGUGUACGUACGUAUGUAUGGUGACGUUGAAGCCAAAUAAUCGAACUGAUGUUUGCACUAACUUGGAUGGCGUUUAGAAACAGAGAUUGAUAGAUUGAAAUUAAAUAAUUGCAAUAGAAUUAUUGAAAUAGAAUAUUGAAUUUAACUACCACGAUGCUUACAUGAACGUCAACGAAUGUGCAGUUAGAAUUAAUUUACUUUUUCCUUGUUCUUACGUGCAUUUAUCUUCAUACAAUCAAAAAUGUAUGUUUUCCAAA